AUGAUCUUCCCACGACGUGAAAGUCUCCCUCAAGGAGCGCCCCGUCACAAGGAGCGCCCCGUCCCAAGGAGCGCCCCGUCCCAAGGAGCGUCCCGGCCCAAGGACCGCACCGUCCCAAGGACCGCCCCGUCUCAAGGACCGCACCGUCUCAAGGAGCGCACCGUCUCAAGGACCGCCCCGUCUCAAGGAGCGCCCGUCUCAAGGAGCGCCCCGUCCCAAGGAGCGCCCCGUCCCAAGGAGCGCCCCAUCUCAAGGACCGCCCCGUCUCAAGGAGCGCCCUGUCUCAAGGACCGCCCCGUCCCAAGGAGCGCCCCGUCCCAAGGACCGCCCCGUCCCAAGGACCGCCCCGUCCCAAGCCCACCCCGUCUCAAGGACCGCCCCGUCCCAAGGACCGCCCCGUCCCAAGGCCCACCCCGUCUCAAGGACCGCCCCGUCCCAAGGCCCACCCCGUCUCAAGGACCGCCCCGUCCCAAGGCCCACCCCGUCCCAACGCCCGCCCCGUCCCAAGGACCGACCCGUCUCAAAGCACUUGGCCAACAAAUAAAUGUUUUUAAUGUUUCACAUCGUUAG